GCUGUUCUUUGGUCAAACAAAAAUGGCCGCGCUCUUCGGGCAAUGUGAACGUAAACAUCAUAAUCUUUAAACGUAUUAAAAUAAUAUAGCCUAAUAUUCGUAUAAUUUAGGAGAAAUGGCUUUGAGAGCGUGUGCCCGGGUGAUCAGGGGCUCCUCGGCAGGACGUCCUAGGAUUGUUUUAGCAAGAACAGAAACGACGUCACGUCUGCUCCAGCCUGGAAAUGCAGUCUGCAGUCCAGGAAGGAUUGAUGGAUAUCUUCUGCCUCCUGCACGGUUCAUUUCAUCUGAUGCACUGUGGAGUCGUCUGAUGAAAGGCAGAUUUGCAGAGUCAGAGAGUGGCUCUGCCCGGCUCCCAGCUUCUGUACCACCAGACAGUGCUCAGCAAAUAUCACUGUUAAUGCGACACCCAGACCAGCCUGGAAAUGCCAAGGUUUUAAAAGUCGCCAUAAUUGGUGCUCCUAAUGCUGGAAAGUCAACAUUGUCUAACCAGCUUCUUGGAAGAAAGCUGUUUGCUGUUUCCAAGAAAGUACAUACAACUCGGACACGUGCGGUGGGUGUUGUAACAGAGGAUGAGACGCAGAUAAUUUUACUGGAUACCCCCGGCCUAACAACCCCUUCCAAAGUCAAAAGACACCAGUUAGAGAAGUCCUUACUCAUAGAUCCUUGGAACACUAUAAAAGAGGCCGACCUUGUGGUUGUUUUGGUGGACGUCUCAGACAGAUGGAUGUGUGGCAGACUGGACUUUGAGGUGCUUAAAUGUCUUGCUCUCCAUCCCAACACCCCAGCUAUACUUGUUCUCAAUAAGGUUGACCUCAUAAAGACCAAGGACAGACUGCUGGACAUCACUACGGAGCUGACGUGUGGUAUUGUAAAUGGACGUAAAAUCCGGGUCAGACCAGUGAUCAGACCUCCAUGGGCUGAAAAACGCCCAGAAACAACACGGCACUUCCCUCCCAAUGAGGACAACUCAGAGGAUCCUGCAGCCUCUGAUCAUGACAAAUCUGCACUGAGUAAAGAGCAGCUGCGAGCGCUGAGCAGUCAGAGAGGCUGGCCCCACUUCAAAGAUGUCUUCAUGCUCUCAUCCCUGGAUGCAGAGGACGUAGACACACUAAAGGGCUACUUCCUGAUGAACGCUAAACCCGGUGAAUGGCAGUAUCACAGUGAGGUUUUAACGGAUCAGUCCCCAGAGCAAAUCUGUAGUAAUAUAAUCAGAGAGAAACUUUUGGAGUAUUUACCUCAGGAAGUGCCAUAUUCUUUGACUCAGAGAGUUGAACUGUGGCAUGAAGGAGAAAAUGGGGAAUUGGAUAUAUCAGUGAGACUUUAUGCAAAGAAAGAGACUCAUGUGAGCAUGGUGAUUGGGACAGCGGGGCAGAUGGUGGCACGCAUGGCCCGAGAAGUGAGUGAGGACCUCAGCCGCAUCUUUCUCACAGAAGUCCGUGUGAAGCUUUCCGUCAAGUUAAAGAAGUAACAGAUUUUUUGAAAAGACAUUUGGAUAAAAGAAUGAACAUAAUAAUUCAGAUGGGAUUUGUGUGUCUAACAACUAACAACACUGAGGAUUGUGAUGAGGAGAAGACUGUAUAAUUUGACUGUGCUACGCGCUGUGGUAUCUGUCACAUAGCAUUUAUAUUAAGGACUUAAUAUCACGCUUGUGUAUUCAAAGGUUACAUCAGCUGUAUGUAAAUAUUUAAUAUCUAUGUUUAAAAUGGUUAUUAAAGAAGACACAUUAUG